AUGGAACGUGCUGCCACCAUGAGAAAUUCCCGUAAGCUGUUCCAUGUCAUUCGGGUCACCGUUAGGAAAGCCUUGGAUGUGGGCGGAACGAUGAAUAAAGCUGGCAAAACGCUCAUCCACAAUCAACAGCGACGUCUUGAACGCUGGGCGGAACACUCCAAAGCACCGAUGAACUGGCCACCAGUGUCAGCUUAUCAUUCAGCUAUUCUGGCACACGUCCAAUGGUCUGUCUCAAAAGACUCACCUUCUGAGGCGGAAAUCCGUAAGGAGCUCCAAGCAUCGGGACGUCGCAAAGCGCCGGGUUCCAAUGGCCUUUCGACAGCUGUAUUCAAAGAUGGUGGAAUAAAGCAUGUUAGAAAUUUUUUGACUUUGUACUCUAAAGUUUGGCACACUGAGUAG